AUGGCCAAGCGCCGCAUCUCCCAAUCACACAGUGGUCAAGAACAGCGAGAUGCAUUCCAGCGCAGCUCACGCCGCCGACCCUCGGCUGCCCCGCGAGGCACGCGAGGCAACCCGGACACCAACCAGAAACCUAUCCUGCCGCCACUGAUCUACCCUGAGCAUCGUAUUCGACUCUUGCAGGUCAAUCCUGGGGCCUUCGACGAUGAGAUUCACUGCGCAGUAACGACGUGCGCUCUCGAGCAGGCGCCUCUGUUCCAUGCUAUAUCGUACACCUGGGGUGAUCCAAAGGAUCAGGAACAGAUAUUCGUCGACGGGAGACAGAUGACGAUUCGUCAGAAUUGCCACUUCGCCAUUCAGCAAGCCCGGCAUCACUCUCCAGGUGUACCGAUAUGGAUCGACUCGAUAUGUAUAAACCAGGACGACGCUGCGGAGAAGAGCGCGCAAGUGCAGAUCAUGGGUGACAUCUACGCGAAGGCGUCCUCGGUUCUUGCCUGCAUAGGGCCGAGUGAUGCAGCCAGCGACUUCGUCAUCAAGUUCGCCAAGGACAUUGACGCACGACUUGCAGACUUGAAAGAAGAGGAGAGCCGAGGACGCGUGAUUCGCGAAGAUGGAACAUCGCCUCUGCUGCCAGGCCUGUGGAGACGACUAUCAGAGCUCUCACGACACUGGGCCUCGUUUACUGCACGUCCGUACUUUGGCCGGCUCUGGGUGAUGCAAGAGCUCCACGAAGGUAGUGGUCGGACGACGGUCCUCUGCGGAACAACUCCAGUCGAGUGGGACGAAAUUCGCAUCAUGCACGCAAGGCUGGGGACCAUCAAUCACCCAUCUUGCAAGCCUGCAGUCGGCUUCAUGUCUAUCAUGGAGCUAGUCGGACCACCAAUGCUUCAAAGCAUACGCGGCCAAGUGCCAGUUAGAUCACUACUCCAAACACACUAG